UUCCUUGCGUUGUUCGAAUCAUGACGCCAAAACCGGCUGGACCUAAAUCUGGACGUCCAAGACUUGGUGAUUUUUGUGCGGAUUGCCGUCCAAUGGUUCCUCCAUUAAUUACUUAUUGUACUUAUUAUUUGGAUAACUGCCCAGACUUGCCUUUUGAAGAUAUUUAUUCUAAUUGCGGUAUUGCUCGAGAAGUUGAAUUAAUUGCAAAACUUUUUCAGUCCAAUAAAAGUUUUCCAAAAUUGGACAAUUAUAGUGUUCUCAGUGUUGCUGGUUGUGUCAGAAAUUUUUUGGCGCAAGUUCGAGAGCCUGUUAUUCCUUUUACUUAUGGAAAGGAUAUUAUUAAAUGCCAGCAGGAUACGAGUAAUGCCGGCAAUUUAAAUAGCUUAAUUGGGGAUUUACCAACUGCACAUAUGGAUACACUCGCUCAUUUAAAUGACCGUUUAACAAUCAAAGCAUUGAGUGCUCUUCUUGGCCCGCUCGUUUUUGGUUCGGAUCGUACUGAAUCGCCUAUUCAAAAUGGGGCGGCAGUUAAUGCUAUGGAGGCUCUGUUAUUACUUCCUAUUGAUUUUUGGGUUAAUAUUACCUCUUCACCUGGAACUUCGCAUUCUUCCCUGUCUAGAAACCCUUCGCAGCGUUCCAACAAUAAUCAAACACCAAAGUUUAAAACUCUUACAAUGAAAAAUGGGACAAUUAGUGGUUUGCGACAUCCUCAAGAAUUAAACUCGACCGUUUACAAAUAA